AUGGACUCCAACGCUGCCACUGUUGAAGGCAUGCUGAACUGUCUACCAGACAUGAAAAGUGUGUUCCUUGAAAAUUUCAAGCCUGUUCAGGACAAGCUGGCUUCGAUACUUCAGCACUCUCAGUCACAUUUUUCGGCAUUGGCGGGGCGAGAGAGCUUUGCUGGAUUUCUGAACGUUUCCCUCAUAAGCGACGCCCUAGUGAAGACAAUCGAAGUGAUGUUUGAGGCACCAACGCCUUGUGUGCUUCAGCUACAGAACGACGAAGCCAGUGCCAAUAUUACGUGGUUGGACGUUGUCAAGGAAAAGAAUUAUCAGGCCGAAUAUAAAGGGAAUGGGAACUACCAUUUCCAUAUGCGGGACUUGGGCGUGAUUAUCCAGUUGUCUGCUUUCCAACACAACAUGAUUCUUUCAGGAUUACCCCGAAAGCUUGUUCAACCAUGGUCCUACGAACAAGACGUGCAGACAGAACUAAACACAUUGGCGCUGGCAGCUGAAAUGACAUCACUGGUGAGCCAUCUUGCGUCGGAAGUGAUCAAAGUCAAUAACGCUGUGCUUGAAGAAAUACUGAGAAGAGAUCGAGUACUCCGCCACAAUCCGAGUCAGAGGUCAGCGGGCUCUCCAUUUCCCAUGGAAUCAGCGGAAGAGCCGGCACAGUAUACGCCAGCGCAGGUUGAAGCAGAUUUGUUCGAUGAGAUGGCUAUCGAGACUCAAGCAACAGACGUGCAAGCUAGUGGCUCAAAAUAUGGUACUAGAACACGGAACUAUCCCAAAAACAGGGCUUGGCCUGCAGAAGUAUUGAAGCAGCUUCCUCUAUGGUUCGAAGACCAAGUACGGAAGGAUCUGUCGCAGGAAGAGAUUGCCCAAAAUUUUGACCGAAAAUUCAACCAAAGGCGGACCUUCCACGCUAUUGAGGCAAAAGUGUAUUUCUUGACAGGCAAAAGUCCUUUUCGGAAGCGCAACAAGAGGACUUUGCGCAAAGAACCUGUGUCUUAA